AUGGAUCGUAAAUUAAACCCUUCCCAACGUUCGGGUAAAUCUAAAUUAUCCCACCAUGCAGGAGAUUUGUUUGCUUUGGGUUCCAAGCAGUCGUCAAGCUCUUCCAAAGAUAUUUCAGACAAACGCAAUACGUCAAUGCCUAUUUCCAAACCCCAAUGGGACUCCUCAAGCUCUAGUAAAGUCUCUUCCCUAAUUGCUAGCAAACGUGAAGCCCCAGCGUCGAGCGCUAGUGCGGUGCCUUCCAAAAAACCAAAAUUAGUAACUGCUCUAACUAGACCUUUACCCCAAAGCGCUUCGACUGUCACUGCGCCUGUUGUAGAACCCUGGGAGGCUCAUACGGCUGAAUUUGAAGCUCCUGAAUUAGUUAUUUUAGUUCUACAAGCUCAUGAUGAUAAUCAAACUGAGACUGUUGUCAAUACCAUUUGUGGGGCUUUAAAAUUAAUGAAAAGUCCCAGGUGGAAGUUUGAUUCGGUUUUGUACUUCGGGUUGUGCUAUUUAGGUAAAUUGAGACCUAAAAUAUUCCUGAAUAGCACGAUUACAUCAGCCUUGUGCAGUUUGUUGAAACGUGAAUCAAAUACCAAUAUCAAAACCAGGACAAACUUGCAAGUGCCAGUUUUAGCUGCUAACUUAUUAGCUCGAGCAUAUCAAGACAAAAAAGACUGGCCUAUUAAUUUUGUUAAGUGCUAUGUAGAAGAUGCUUUAAAUGAAAGAGCUUGGGUGGAUCACGACGAUUGCAAAUUGUUUGUCGGAAAUGUGCUUACAGCUUUUAAUACAAUCAUACCAGCUCAACAUUUGUUGCAAAAUGAAGCAACAGAGGUUGCUAAAAGCGGUUUAGUUGUAUCAGGCGUAAGCUCACCUUUAACAAUGUCCGACGACGAAUCAAGCGAGAACUCACCGAUGCCUUUAAAACAAAGUCAGGACAUCGAGGCAAGGAUUAUGAAGAGAUACGCGAAUUGUGAUGGUAUCGAGACAUACAUGGUUGAGAUGCUCAAAGAUUCUAUAAAUAAAAGAACGUCUCCAACUGAUUUUGUUACCAAGAACACAUUGAAGUUGAUGUCAGCUGCUUGUGGUUUGGUGGAGAUUAGAUUAUUAGCAGUGUCCAGGUUGGAAGUUUGGUUGCACAAUGCUAAAUUGAUGAAGCCAGCUCAGGAGUUGCUGGCUUAUUUAUGUUAUAAUUUUGGAACAAAGACACAGAAGGAUAUAGAAGUUGUCAUACAGUAUGUCAAGAUUAGACUUAAAACAAAACCUUUGUGCAACAGUUAUCUAAGUUGUUUAAAAGCUAUUGUUAAAGAAAACGUUGAAAUUAUGAAUUUGUUAAUGAAGCAUACAAUAUUCAACGAGUUCUCGAACGCUAGAAACCCAAACAACAUCUCUAUGGUUGUUUUGAUGUUCCAAGAACAACCGGACAAAGCUCCUGUUGCUUUAGCAGAAAUCUACAAAGAAUACUUAUUAAAUCGUGACGACUGUUUGCGUGCUUUGAGAUUAUUCCUGCGAGAACUCGUCCGCGCUUUAAGAUACGACGUUAACUUAUACCUAUUUUGUUUCACUCUUGUUUCCAAAGACAGAGCUUUCAACACCAAUGUAGAAAACUUCGACGCUCGUGACCGUGUACUCUCAUCCAUCUCAGACUUAUUCUGUCUCUGCAUGCUUCUAGGAAUCUCACCACAAGUAAAAGAAGCUUCCAGUUCAUGCUCUCGUGGAGAUAAAAAAGACUUGAAUGUUUUGCAAUCGUAUCAAUUGCAAGUGUCAAGGAUCCAAUUUGAGGCAAUACGUUGGAUGGAGAAAGUAGUUCCUGGUUUGUAUAAACCGCCUACACCAGAAUAUUUAGGGCACAUACGAAAAUUGUUGUUUUUAGAAAAUAAUUACGAGCCUUAUGUUAAAAUUGAUACUUGGCCUCCGGAGUCUGAACGCGGUUUGUUUUUUAAGUUGGUUGGGGAAGUUCGUGUGCACCAGAACACUUUAUUGAGGUUGUGUAAGAUUGGGCAACAGAAAUCUUGUCCAAUGCCUCCAAUGGAUGCUUUGGAAAUCUGUGAACAGAUGGUUAAGCGUUCAGGGGAUCUGACACAAGAUUAUUUACCUUUAAUGCACUUUGAUAAAGUUGAAAUAAUUGACAACUUGUUUAGACUGACACAAUAUCAUUAUCCAGACAACAUAACUUUGCCUUACGGCUAUUCACCUCCCACAUUAGCUGUGACGGUGCCUUAUUGGAAAGCUUGGGGUAUUGUUUUAAUUUUAGCAGCUCACAAUCCAAUGUCUAUAGGAGUCGUUUGUUGGGAGCAAUAUCCUAUUUUAAGGACUUUAAUGGAAAUGUGUAUCACAAACCAAUUUGUGUAUCCUCCGCCAACAUCUUUGUGCGGCCAAAACUUUCCUGAGGAACGCGAGAUCGAGCGCUUAGAAAAACAGGAAAUAAUAGAAUUAGAAACUCAUUUAGCUGCUGCUACUACCCAAAUGAAAAUUACGGAAGAAACGAGUCUUUUGGUAAACCAAUUGAUGCGUUAUGACCCUACAGGUCCUCCAAGAAAACCAACAUCAAACGUUUUGGAAAACUUAGCACUUUUGAACAAAACACAUAACCUGGGUCACUUAUUCUGUCGGUCCAGAGAACCAGAUUUUCUAAUGGACAUCAUCCAACGCCAAGGAAACUCUCAAAGCAUGCCCUGGCUUGCAGAGUUGGUUGAAAACUCGGAAAGUGUUUCUUUAUUACCAGUCCAGUGCUUGUGUGAGUUCUUGUUGAGUCCUGCAGGAGGAAACCAGGAUAAACACAUUCAAUUACUUCAUCACUUACAAGAACUGGUGACCAAUCCGGAGUGUUCACCGCAGACCGCUUGUGAGGUGUUGGAUUAUUUCUUGAGAAGACUUGCUUCUCCUCAAAAGUCAUCCAGGAUGCAGUCGGUUAAGGGACUUAAGAUGCUUUUGAGUUGUGUUAGCACAGAAGAGGCAAGAGGGAGUGGAUGGCUGAUUAAGCAGCUGCCAAUGGUGCCUCAUUUUGAACAUAUCCGGAUGCAGGUAAUAACCGCCCUCAGAGCAGCCUGUCAAAUUGACAUGAUCCCUGAAAACAUUGUCCAUUAUCUUCGUUUCUUAGCCCAACACACCACGACUUGCUCUGAAGAAGAAAUGUCAGAGCUAGUUCUUGACUUGGCCCAGCUGGUAGUCGAAAGAGUAAUUUUAAUGAAUUCCAUUAUGACUAACAGAGAACUAAAUGAAGAAGCUAAAACUUCUCUGCUCACUUUGUACUGUAGCUAUUUGAACAGGGUAAAAAUACCGCGAGGAGACGAGACUAAUGUGUUUCCUCAGGAUGCUCAAGACGUUUAUUUGAUUAAAUGGAGUACAGGUGAGGAAUGUUUUAUGGUUUUGAAUGUUGUUCAUGCCAUGAUUUUGCUGCUGACGUACGAUGGAGGUGAUAGGAGUCUUAAUGAGAUGCUGCUCGAUGCUUGGUUUCCUGCAGACCUUAAACUAGUACCCAGAGGUUUUACCUAUGAUGCAACAAGCAAUGAAAUAAAAGAGACUUCUCUCUAUCCUGAUUGGAUUCUUUUGAGGAUGGUUCAAUCACCUGUCCAGAGAUUGGUUGAUGCAAGUCUUAGAUCUAUCAGACCAGUUCAGCUGUUGAUGUUUAUGCAAUCAUUUGGUUACUCGUUGCAGUCCAUGGGCAAAUGUUUGAAGGUGCUUGAUAAUUGGGCUGCUAGCGAACAGGCAGCUUGUGCUGGACAGAUUAUGGAAAAUGGUAAGCCCUUCAUCGGCAUGUGCAUAGCUGUCCAACACAUGAGAGGAGUAGCUGAUGGCAAAGUUUUCCUCCGAGUCUGCAACAUCAAAGAAGAGAAGUAUCCCAUAAUUUUAUUAAAACGUCUUCAAGACAUCGACAUUACAUCUUAUAUUCACAAAAAUCCUGUCUUCUGCAAACCAAAAAUGCAACAAAGAUCUUUACGUUCUGUUCUUAACGAGAUGCUGUUUGAACAACCGAAUAGUUCUACAGAAUACACCAGUUGGAUUUUGAGGAAAAUAGCCGUGGAACAGAAGGAAAAGACUUUGAGGGCCAAUUCUGUUUUGUUUCAGGUUUUGAAAUUUAUAAAAGACUUGGAUGAUGACAGGUUGCUGAGUUUGUUCGUUGUGAAAUCGCCGUUGUUGUUAUCGUUGUUUCAUUUAUUACUAUCCAACAGCUCGGAGUUUGUUAAAGACUUGCUAUUUUGUAUUUUUCAUAAAGCGAUUAUUAAAACGAACGUCAUGUUUGACACCAGCGAAGUGUUGUACCGGUUGUUAAGAAACACCAUUUUGCAAAAUGAUGCGCCGAAAAGUGGUAUCAACACAAUAACAAAUUUAAAAACAACCCCUAUCGAAAAUUUGGAGUCUUAUAUAAAAGAUUUAGUUUUAAAUAAGGCUAACAAUGAUGUACAAGAUUCACAAAUUGUUGAUUGUAUUUGUUCCUGGUUGUUAGAAGAUGAUAGUGACUUGGAUUCCCAAAGUGACUUCAAAACGCAGAUUGAACGCAGUCAAAAGAACGGCAUGUUGAUCGAUUGGGUUGCUGCAAUCGAACCUAACAUGGUUAAUUCCAAUUCCAAAGUGCAAAUGGACUUGUUGUUUAGCAGCAAAGCUGAUAAAAAGGGCUUCAGACCGUAUUUACUUACUUUAUUAACGCACCAGGCCAAUUGGUCCACGUUAGCACAUUGCGUAAAUUUCCUAUUAUCAAAAACUUAUUUAGAUUACGACUCUUCAGCAGUUUUAGACUUCCUAAUGACUUUAAUAUCUAAUCCAAAACUUUGGCAAGGCCGUGACAAAGUUAUUUCCAAACGUAAUCCUACAGAAGAUGUUUUGGAAUUGUCAAUACACAAAAUUUUGACAGUCUUGGAUUACGCUUUGCUAGAAGCUUUGUGUUUUUACAAAACAGGCACCAAAGAUGAUGUGAUCAAAAGAAUUGAUUUGAGGUUGCCUUUGCUUUUGCAUUGCAUGCGGAACGAUCAGCAUAUUGUCAAAGUUAUUGUGCAGUAUUUGUAUAUGCAGCUGGUCCGUAAAGACAUAGAAAUUGAAAGACGCAGAGUUGUUGCACAAUUUUUGAUCCAAUUGUACAUGAUAAUGCCUGUUAUAGUUUUGUACCAACCUGGUUUAAACUUUGUGGUGAACAAUACUGAUGUUAAACAUUCUGUAACGAGUUGUAAAAUUGAUACAAUGUGCCAAUCUAUAUUCACAGCUUUAUCAUCAACCCCUUUACUCAAAGAUUGGCAUCGAAAGUCUCAGGACUUAGAUAUGCUGGCCAGAAAAGUAUCAGCAGUGCAUCCAAAUAUUGUUUUGAGACACCUGUCGAUGAUUGCUAGCUCGUUGCAAGGCAGGAUACAUUUGGAGUUUGCACAAUUUAGAAGCAGGUAUCAUUUAGCUUUGUUUAAUCAUAUUAUAGGUAUUUUGGAGUUGUUGACACCAAUGUUGUUUAGAAAAGAGCAUCAAAAAGAUUUAGAAAUCAUAAUUUCAUUGUACAUCAACUUGUUUAGAAGACACAUAAGUUUUAUCAAAGAUUUAACAAACUUAGCUGUUAGAUUCUUUAAUUUGUUACAAAAUUAUAUAAACUAUUGUCCAAAACGUGCUUUGGGUUAUAUAAAAACACAUUCCAGUACUCUACAAGAUUUACACAUAACAUUACCACACUUACAAAAUUUAAAGAACAUUGCAAACGGUGUCAGCCUUUUACACCAGCACAAAGCACAUAAAAACAACAUCGAAGAAAUGUGUUUGGAGAUGGGAAUGGUCACCAUGAACAUUCUACCUGUACAAGCAGAACCUUGCCCAAUACAAUUCAACACUUUAGCAAACUCUUUAUCAAAAGUGCAAGUUGAUGAAGUCAUAGCAGCUUUACAGGAACUAGAUCACAUAACAAACAAAAAACCUGAAUUGUUAAUCAAAAUAAUAGAGCCUAUUUGUGCAUUAAUAAAUUCUACAAGCCAAAAUGUACGUAACUUAAGCCACACCUUGUUGUUGAGACAUCUAAAAUAUUCACCGCAGAGUUUACCCUGCACAAAUAUAUGCUUCACAUCUUUAAUGACAAGUUUGAAGUCUAGUGAUCCUGAUAUUAGAACCAGCAGCUUGGAAAGGAUUCAGGAUUAUAUAAUUUGUUUACAAGAACAUAGUUUGCUGAUUUUGCAAACGUUGUUUAGAAUGGGGGUGCAAUCGAAGGCUAAUACGAUGCCAUAUAUAUCAAAGUGUGUCACAGCACUGAAACUGCAAGAUGGAAAUUGAUACAAGAGGUUAAUUAUUAUAAAGAAACAUUAUUUUUAUUAAUAACUGUGUAUAUAUUAGUGUUGGAAAUGAAAUGUGUCCUUAGACAAAAUAGAAAUGCUUUAACUAAUUG